CAUGCUGUUCAAGCAUCGAGGCUUCCUUUUCUUGAACUGGGUCUUAUUUUUCUUACCUGUUGCCGACUAAUUGUUUUUCUUGUCAAUUUCUUCCAGUAAACAAGAUUUUUUUCAAUUAUUCACUGGGUAUCUAGUAUUUCGCCUACUAAACAAUUGAUUGGUCUCUGGCCAUUUACGGACCCUGUCUGCCUAUUCACAUUCGAACAGAUCAACUUUUUUCAUUUUGCUAUUCGACCUGUAUAUACAGUAUAUCCUCUGCUUGCGAUCCGCAAGUGCCUCAAUGAUUUCACCAUGAAUUUAGAAGAAUCAGGAGAACCUCCAUUCAAGAAAAGAAGAUUUUUUGCAGACCCAGAGGAAGAAAAUGAUCCGACCCCUCAUUGUUUACAAAGAAAGCCGCCUCUUGCAGAGAAGAAGGUUGACAAUGUCAUUAACGAGGCGCCCAUCGCGGGCACUGCUGGUCCACUCUCGGCAAUGUCUUCUUCUACCUCGGAUAACAAUACGAAUCUUGACGCAAAUGCAUUUCAAAGCAUUGUUGGCGACCAGGUCGAUCCCGAGGCUCUGAGUAUCAUCGGUAGUAACUGUGAAGGCAAUCUUGAGCGAGCUGUUAACAUGUACUUCGACGGCACUUGGAAGAAAUAUCGUACUCCAAAACCCACAAACAAGACCGCAGUUUUUCCCCUGCCCCGAACACCCCCAACGAUCUCAACUAAAAACUCCAACCAACCCCGUCCUCUACCGGUACGGCCCCAACAGUCACAACUCUCGAUGAGUAGUCGUUAUAUAGGCGCUUUUGGUGUAGAGGGAUGGGCUACUCGAAGUGGAGUAAACCUUCUCAAACACGGAGACAGUGUCAAAAUCGAGCGUCAGAAGAUCGUGCCACCAAGUUCAUAUGUUAAGGGUAAAGCAGGUACGCUAAUGCCGACCCCCAGGGUGAACUCGGCUGCGGCUAGGAGGGUUGAUGUGAUUGUGCGCUUUACCGAUGCCCGAGGAUCUGAGAUCGGUCGGCUGGCAAAAGACACCGCAAAUUGGGUAUCUUCGCUUAUGGAUCAAAAUGUCUGCAGGUUUGAAGGUAGCUGCGUAUAUGCGCCUGAGAGGCUAAGGACAAAUGAUACCGUAUUCCUGCAGUUGCGAUGCUUCUUAAUAAGUUCUACUUUCCAGAAUGUAGGUUAUCAAUUAUCGGAUAACCGAUCGACUGGCCUCUUCGAGGAGAAGGAAACAGGCGAGGAACGUGAUCUACGUCUGCGUCAAGUGUCACUUGUGCGAUUGUUCCAGGAGAUCAAUCUCGACCCGUCAAGAGGCAACGCGACCGCAACUAGGAAUGCGAGACAAGGCCUUCUUUCCGCUGCCGAAACGAUUGACAAGAAGAAUAACGAUCCGAAACCUAGUAGCCAAGGUACACCAGGCUCAUCUCCACCGGCGGAUGACGCCGAAGACGGGCAAGAACUCGAGCAGGAUCAACUAGAUGCCCUUUACCGGAAAGCUCAAUCCUUUGAUUUUAGCACACCCGAAGCCGAGCCAGCAGAGACAUUUAACAUGACUCUCCGUCCCUACCAAAAGCAAUCGCUAUAUUGGAUGUUAGCUAAAGAGAAAGACCGGACGAAUGAAGCCCGUGAAGCCUCAAUGCAUCCACUCUGGGAAGAAUAUACUUGGCCAACGAAAGAUGUCGAUGAUCAAGAGUUGCCUCAAGUUGAAGGCCAGUCUAGCUUUUACAUGAACCCAUACUCUGGUGAGAUGUCCUUGGAUUUCCCUGUACAAGAACAGCACUGCUUAGGCGGUAUCCUUGCCGAUGAGAUGGGUCUUGGUAAGACAAUUCAAAUGCUGAGUUUGAUUCAUUCCCAUAAGUCUGAAGCUGCAAUUCAAAGCAAAAAUAACCCCCUCAAUUCUACAAAUGGUCUACGAAAGACGUUUUCUAGAGCUGGCAUCGUUCCUGCGCCCAAGACGACUCUGGUUAUUGCUCCUAUGUCGUUACUUGCCCAAUGGCAAAGUGAAGCAGAAAACGCGUCGAAAGAAGGCACGCUAAAAUCUAUCGUUUACUAUGGCACUGAAAAGACCGACAACCUUCAAGCGUUGUGCUGCGAGACUAAUAUUUCUUCUGCCCCGGAUGUCGUAAUUACAAGUUAUGGCGUGGUAUUAUCGGAAUUCACCCAGCUCGCUUCUAAGCAAGGCUUUUAUAAAGAAUUACAUAACGGCCUGUUCUCAUUAGACUUCUUCCGCAUUAUUCUCGACGAAGCUCAUACCAUCAAAAAUCGACAAUCGAAGACAGCUAAGGCUUGUUAUGGUCUUUCAGCAACUCACCGAUGGGUUCUCACUGGAACCCCUAUUGUAAAUCGUCUAGAGGAUCUGUUCAGUUUAGUUAGGUUUCUUAGGGUGGAACCUUGGAACAACUUUUCCUUCUGGCGGACUUUUAUUACUGUUCCAUUCGAGUCUAAAGAUUUCGUUCGUGCUCUUGACGUGGUACAGACGGUGUUGGAGCCUUUGGUGAUGAGGAGAACCAAAGACAUGAAGACCCCUGAUGGACAACCACUUGUUCCUUUACCGCCAAAGUCGAUGGAAAUCGUCGAAGUCGAACUCUCCGAGGCCGAGCGAGCUGUAUACGACCAUAUCUUUACCAGAGCUAAGCGUACGCUCUCGGCCAAUGUUGAGAAGGGCACGGUGAUGAAAGCAUACACCACUAUCUUUGCCCAAAUUCUCCGUCUACGCCAGACAUGCUGUCACCCAAUCUUGGUGAGGAAUCAAGAUAUAGUGGCCGAAGAAGAAUUGGCAGGGGCAGAGGCGGAUGCCGCCGCAGGCCUUGGUGAUGAUAUGGAUCUCCAAUCUCUGAUCGAAAAAUUCACUGCAACUACUGGUGAUGAAAAGGAUGCCAAUGCAUUUGGCGCACAUGUUCUCCAGCAAAUCAAGGACGAGGCUGUCAACGAAUGUCCCAUCUGUUCGGAAGAGCCGAUGAUUGACCAAACAGUUACUGGUUGUUGGCAUUCUGCUUGCAAGAAAUGUUUACUGGAUUUCAUUAAGCAUAGCGCGGAUCAUCAUCAAGUACCAAAAUGCUUCAAUUGUCGUGAGCCUAUAAACGGUCGCGACUUAUUUGAAGUGGUUCGACACGAUGACCCGGAUUCGUUUCACACAACGCCAAAGAUCAGUUUGCAAAGACUGGGCACUAAUGAGUCUUCGUCUAAAGUCGUCUCACUCAUGAAACAUCUACGAGAACUGCGCAGGGAACACCCUCGCAUCAAAUCGGUGGUGUUCAGCCAAUUUACAUCCUUCAUGUCACUCAUCGAACCCGCACUCAACAAGGCAAACAUGCGCUUUCUCCGUCUCGAUGGCUCCACCAACCAAAAGACUCGGUCUGCCAUCUUAAGCGAGUUCAGAGAGUCGGACAAGUUUACAAUUCUGUUACUGAGUUUGCGGGCUGGUGGCGUGGGACUAAACCUGACACAAGCGAAUCGAGUCUUUAUGAUGGAUCCUUGGUGGAGUUUCGCCGUCGAGGCGCAGGCCAUCGACCGUGUGCACAGAAUGGGUCAGGAGAACGAGGUAAAAGUGUAUCGGUUUAUUGUGAAGGAAAGUGUCGAAGAGCGGAUGUUGAGGGUUCAGGAUAGGAAGAAGUUUAUUGCUACGUCUUUGGGUAUGAUGUCGGACGAAGAAAAGAGACUCCAGAGAGUUGAAGACAUUAAGGAAUUGCUGAGCUAAACCAGCAUGUAAAGUGAGCUAGAUGAAUUGGAUUGCUUUUAUGAUAAUAGAGGGACAUGACCGGUAUACCCCACGGUGGAACAAAAUGGCUUUACAUUGGGAGCAUCUUUUGGUCGUCAUCGGGCUUCACUUUAGAGCGUGAUGGGUGUCGGAUCAUCGGCAUUGGCUUCUCAAUCAUGAGUUUCGAAACAUGGCGAGUGAAGUGGACAUUUCAAU